CAACCGGUAACGUAUACACGGUUACCAUUUCGCAGCAGCCCUCAUGCACGUGCCCAGACUACGGCAACGGCAACCUCUGCAAGCACGUGCUCUUUGUGCUGCUGCGCGUGCUGCGCGUGGGCGAGGAGGAUCCGCGCGUGUGGCAGCGCUCGCUGCUUUCUACCGAGCUAAACGAGCUCCUGGAUAGGAUAGACGCGCUGGAGAGAAGAACUCUUGCUGCUGCUGCGGAGGGCGAGGAGAUUCUAGCGAGUCCGGCUGUAAGGGAGCAGUUUGCACGCAUUGCAGGGGGGGCGCCUGGUUCUGGUGCUCUGGGAUUGACUGAUUCUGGUUCUAGGAAUGAAGGUGGCAGUCAGGCUGCAGUGGGGGAGACGGAUCAGAGGCCAAAGCAGCGGCCGAUUGAGGGGGACUGCCCCAUCUGCUACGAACCUCUGGGAGGAGCGGGAGCAGGGAAGCGCGGCAGUGGGAAGGCAGCAGAGGCGGUGGUGUUCUGCCAGCGGUGUGGCAACAACGUUCAUUCAGACUGCUUCUCGCGUUGGAAGGCUGCCAAGAGGGGCGGCAUGGUGACGUGCGUUUGGUGCAGGGCUCCGUGGGGGGAUGGAAGCACUGCGCACAGGGCUAGGGCACACCAUGACAUGGAUUCUGACAGUGAUGGUUAUGAGGACGAGGGGGGGCCUCAAGAAUACACACAUGUUCUUUGGUGGAGGAAGGAGGAGGCUGAGGCGGCCGUGGUGGUAGCAGGAAGGAAAUAA